GCUAAGAAUGAAGAUUCUGCCCCGCAAAUUAUUGGAUCGAAUCGACUAUUUUUUUCGUGACCCGUGAAUCAUAAACUGAUCCUAUACCCGAACAAACAGCUUCUUCCCACAAACACAGUCAGUUCACCUUACACCUCUUCUUCCUGGACUCCCAGUUCAGUCUCACAUUUCUCGCCCAUCUACUCGUCGACUGACUGCAACACCGAGUUCCGCCACAUCCAAUUUCCUCCAUCUCUCACUCACUCACACACACCACCUGCGCCAUGCCUUCCGCCGAUGCUCCUCUCGAGCUCAAUGAGGAUGUCCGAGUCCUCGGUUACGAUCCUCUGAUCCCUCCUGCUCUCCUUCAAAGCGAGGUGCCUGCCACCAAAUCUUCCAUCGAGACCGUUGCCCGAGGUCGAAGAGAAUGCAAAGAGAUCAUACACCAGCGUGACGACAGACUGCUGGUCAUGGUCGGACCCUGCUCCAUUCACGACCCAGCCACCGCCCUCGAGUACGCUGAAAGACUAAAGCAACUCGCCGAGAAGCUCUCCUCUGACCUCUGCAUCAUCAUGCGAGCCUACCUCGAGAAGCCCCGCACCACCGUCGGCUGGAAAGGUCUGAUCAACGACCCCGACAUUGACGAGUCCUACAAGAUCAACAAAGGCCUGCGAGUCUCAAGAAAACUCUACGCCGACCUCACCAGCAUGGGCAUGCCCAUCGCCAGUGAAAUGCUCGAUACCAUCUCCCCUCAAUUCCUCGCCGACCUCAUCUCUCUGGGUGCCAUUGGUGCCCGUACCACCGAGUCUCAAUUGCACCGUGAACUCGCCUCCGGUCUCUCCUUCCCCAUGGGCUUCAAGAAUGGAACAGACGGGUCUUUAAGCGUGGCCAUUGACGCAGUCGGUGCAGCAGCUGCCAGGCAUCACUUCAUGGGUGUUACCAAACAAGGUCUCGCCGCCAUCACCAAGACCAGCGGAAACGAAGACGGUUUCGUCAUCCUAAGAGGUGGAUCCAAAGGCACAAACUACGACGCCGAGAGUGUCAAGGAUGCCCGAGAACAGCUACGGAAGAAGAACCAGCGCGAAGUCAUGAUGAUUGACUGCUCACAUGGCAACUCCAAGAAGAACCACAAGAACCAGCCAUUCGUCGCCCAGACUAUCGGCGACCAACUACGACAAGGCGAAGACGCCAUCGUCGCCGUCAUGAUCGAAUCCAAUAUCAACGAGGGCAGCCAGAAAGUCCCUGCGGAGGGUGGUCUUGCCUCUCUGCAAAAAGGCAUCAGCAUCACAGACGCCUGCAUCAACUGGGACACCACAGUCGAUGUCCUCGAACAGCUUGCCGACGCUGUGCGAACGAGAAGAGAAGUUCGGGCCAAGCAACAGAAUGGCUCAAACGGCGCCAGCAAUGGGCACCACUAGAGCCAACAGAAAUCUUUCAGAGGAUGGAUGCUGGAACCAUGCAAAGUAGCGCACAGGCACGGAGCUUCUGCUACAUCAUUUCUCUUGCCAUCAUGGACAUAUUUGCACGGACGGAGCUCAAUCAAAAGGGUAUCGACAGAGACGUCACACUGCAUUCUGGUUUUCAUGAGAUCUUGCCAUGGAGGAGGCGUUACCGUCGCUUCACCGUCGUGGGCAUAUAUGGGGUUUAAAAAUGGCUAGGAGCAAUUCACAUUUUGUCUCGACUCUCCAUUUCAACUUCUUUGGUUCACAUAACUCGCGCAUCCGAACAUGAUCAGCA